UCUCUCUCUUUCCUCCAGUCUCUCUCUCUCUCUCUCUCUCUCUCUCUCUAUCCUUCCUUGAGUCUCCCUCCAUCCGGCGGCGCUGCCAUCAUGCGUCGGUUCAGCUCCGAGGGGUCCCUAUUGAAUAUGGAUUUCCUGUCGUGGAAGAAGGUGGAGCUUAAAGACCAGAACUACCUCAGCCGGGACGGGGAGUCAGGCACCUACACCCCCACCUGGGAGAGGACAAAGUGGAUGGGCGAACCACCUCUCCCCCCUACACCCAUCAUCCUGGAGCCUGAGGCCAGCCAUGGGAGAACACCGGGGGGGGGGGAGCUGGGCAAGGAGCACAGCGUCAGCGUGGAGAACGUCACAGAACUGGGGAGGCCAGAGGGUAAGGGUCAUCUGAGAGUGGUGAACCUCAGCGAAGGAUGCAGGGCGUACAGUGACGGCCAGUUGGCGCCGGCGACUUCGGGUAGCAGCACAGAGAGCGUGGGCAGGCACGACCGGCCUCCGCCCUCUCCCUCGUACUCAACCUUUGACUCCAGCCCCUUUUCCUUCAAGUCACAGCAACGGUCCCACGCCAGAGCCAAGCUGUCAGCAGCCAAGCUACAUCUGAAGAGCCUGUUUGGGCAGAGUCCCCAUUCAUCACACUCUAACCUGUUUAACCCAGAACAGAAAGACCGUGUUAAAGAGCAGCGGUCCCGCCUCCCGUUCCUUCGCCAAUGGAGUCAGCUGGGCCACAGCAAGGUCCAGUUCAGCCGGGAGGAACUGGAUAAGUGGGCUGAGUCGCUGGACGCCCUCCUGGCUAGUCGGACCGGUGUUUCUGUGUUUGCAGCAUUCCUUCGCUCAGAGUUUAGUGAGGAGAAUCUGCAGUUCUAUCUGGCCUGUGAGCAGUACAGAAACUCCUCCAACAACUUCAGCCUGCACAGACGGGCCAAGGAGAUCACGGUCACCUAUAUCGAGGCGGGGGCACCGCGAGAGGUGAACUUGGACAGUAAGACCAGAGACUUAACUACACAGCUCCUACAGGCCCCAUCACACACCUCCCUGUCCCACGCCCAGAAACGCAUCUACUCCCUCCUAGAUACAGACUGCUACCCUCGCUUCCUCCAGUCCACCAUCUACCUCACCUUGCUGGGCCAGGCUGACUAGAGACUAAGGACUCCAGUCUAUCCAUAUCGCAGAAGUUCAGCACUAUAGUGCAAUUUGACAUUUUCAAUGGCAAUGUUCCCUCGUUCGCAGAGACUGCAUUUCACGUUAAACGCUAUUUUGUCUCAAUCUCUGAACUUCCACAAUACAAAAUGAAUGGAGACCUAAGGCAGCAUCCCUGUGGCUGCAUCCUUAGUCUCCGCUCUUCAUCCUUUCUCCCGAAGUGCACAUUUUUGUAGAUACGGAGCAGUGGUGGGGACAGUUGCAGGAGAUACAGUUACACUGCAGAGUUAGAGGGUUUAAAGGGGUUUAGUCAUUCCAGUAGAUGAGCAGGCUGGUGUUCAUUAGAGCAUGGAACAGAAGCACUUGAAACAUUCUUUUUUUUUUUUUU